GCCGCAUCCAUCUCUGCGUCGCCUGCCGCAACGCCCAGAAGAGCGAGGCCACCCGAGACCUGAUUCUGGCCAGCCACCCGGCCGCUCAGGUCUCCACCGUGGAGGUGGACCUGGGCAGCCUGGCUUCCGUGCUGCGUGCGGCCCGUGAGCUCCGCUGCAGGUUUCAGCGGCUGGACUUUGUCUACCUCAACGCUGGGAUCAUGCCCAACCCACACGUGAACUUCAAGGCACUCUGGCAUGGUCUGAUCACCGGGAAGCUGCUUCACAUGCUGACCACUGCAGAAGGCGUAAUGACCCAGACGGACAGGCUUAAUGGAGAUGGACUGCAGGAGGUGUUUGCUACCAACCUCUUUGGACACUUUAUCCUGGUUCGCCAACUUGAAUCUCUACUCUGUGGUAACGAAAAGCCUUCACGACUCAUCUGGACCUCUUCCAGCAAUGCCCGGAAGUCUGCCUUCAGCCUUGCUGACUACCAGCAUGCCAAGGGACAGGAAUCAUACAGUUCCUCCAAAUAUGCUACUGACCUGACAAGUGUGGUUUUGAACAGGAAACUUAAUAACCAGGGUCUAUAUUCCAGUGUUGUUUGUCCUGGUCUCGUUAUGUCUAAUAUGACAUAUGGAAUUUUGCCGGUUUUUCUGUGGAAGCUGCUAAUGCCCAUCAUGUGGUUGAUCCGCUUUUUUGCAAAGACUUACACUCUGACACCAUAUAAUGGAGCAGAAGCUCAUGUGUGGCUGUUCAAACAGAAGCCAGAGUACCUGGAUGCGCUUGUCAAAUACCACAGUUGUACUUCUGGACUGGGGAAGAGCUACGUGGAGCCCAGAAAGAUUGACGUGGAUGAAGAAAUUGCUGAGAAAUUUUUUCAAAAGCUGUUGGAACUGGAGAAGGAGACUCUAGAGAGAUACAGUGAUCUCCUAGAUUAAGCUAGUCUC